CAACUUUUGGUAGAGGGUGGAGUUCAAUCAGUUCAGUUGUCCAAAUCAUUAUAGUCAAGGCACUGAAACAGGAGACUCGCGUUUCUCACAUUGCCCAAUGCCCACCAUGUCUGCGGCACUGAAGUCUUGUUUUGUUCUCCUCGGCUUCAUCUUAGCGUACAUCACUUAUUUGUUAUUGGGAGCGCUUAUUUUCUCUGCCAUCGAGCGGCCCGUCGAAGAGGACCUGAAAGCAGACCUGAGCUCUCUCAAAUCUGAGUUUCUCAACCUGAGCUGCAUCAACGCCACGGCUCUGGAAGUUUUCUUAGCAAGAAUUUUACAAGCUAAUAAAUACGGCGUGUCAAUACUUGAAAAUGCCUCAGUCCGCACAAACUGGGAUUUGGCGUCUUCUUUGUUCUUUGCCAACACGAUGGUCACAACAGUGGGAUAUGGCCACACUACGCCACUCUCUGAUGCUGGUAAAGCUUUCUCCAUUUUGUACGCUUUGAUCGGAGUCCCUUUCACCAUGCUUGUGCUCACAGCCUGUGUCCAGCGCCUCAUGCACCCACUGACUUACAGACCUAUCUCCAUGUGCCAGAAGCGGGUAGGCCUGCACCCACGUACUGCCAGUGUUGUGCACUUUAUUGUGCUGGUGGUCCUUGUGGUGUUUGCCUUCUUUGUGGUACCUGCAGUGGUGUUCAGCACCAUAGAAGGAUCCUGGUCAUUCUUAGAUGCCUUCUAUUUCUGUUUCAUUUCCCUCUGCACCAUAGGACUUGGGGACUUUGUGCCAGGGGAGAAGCCAGGACAGAGUCUCAGGGGUCUGUACAAGAUAUCAGUCAUGGUGUACCUGUUUGUGGGCUUGAUGGUCAUGUUCCUGGUGCUUCGUACAUUUCACAAGCUUGCUGAUGUCCAUGGGUGGACUGCUUUCUUCCAGCUGCCAAGCUGUGAUGAGGAAGAUGAGGACAAAGAGCCAAUAAUAGAACGGGAGCCUGAUGAAGAAUCAUCGGAGCCUGAGAAGGCCUCAGUUAUGCCUCUGGAUCCGAGCUCUCAAGUUUCCUAUAACUCUAUAAAUGGAUAAAAUAUAUGUUCCCCAAUCCUCUGUAUUAUUAUAAUGGUCACAUCACAGUCCACACAUUCCAAAAGGUGACUUGCAUUCACAAUGUCCUGCACUCGUAAAUUGUGUCAACAUUCAGUGGCUGCAUGUUGAAUUUUAGAAGUCAAGACAAUUAAAGGGAUAGUUCACCCAAAAAUGGAAAUUCGGUCAUCAUAUACUAACUAUCAUGUUGUUUGAAACCCAUAUGAUUUUCUUUGUUGAACACGAGGAGAAUUUUUUAAAGAAUAUUGAUGCAAUUUGUGAAUCCAUACAAUGAAAGUGAAUGGUGAUUGAGGCUGUCAUCCAUAUCAUUGUUCCAAGGAAGACAGUUAAGUCAUACUGGUUUGGAAUGAUAUGAGAGUGAGUAAAUGAUAGAGUUUUAAUUUUUGGGUGAACUAUACUUUUAAGUAUAAGCAUGUGCAAUACAGAACACCUCACUGUUGCAACAGAACCAGUUUUGAUGUUUCUGUCUGCGCAGACAAGGGACUAGAGCAAUCAUAACUUUUGUCAUGAACCAAAGGACUUUUUCAUUUUUGUUGUUG